AUGGUUUCUUUCAAAAAGUUGUUCCAAAAGUGUAAGGAAGACAAAAAGCCAUCGCUUAAGCACUCCCAGUCGAUGCCAUUCAGAUACUCGCAAGCGAGCAUGCUCGAGCCUUACGGCGAUCCUUUCAGAGCUGUAUACCAUGGCCAGACCCCCUCUAAACCUUCUGACAACGUGCACGUCGAGCAAGCUCCAGGGAUGCGGGACAUCCAUCGUGCGCAGUGGCACCCAGGUGUCCACGACCAUCCGCCAAGUCAUGCCCACUUCGACACGCACCCCCACUUGCUGGACCAGUUUCCCAAUCCCCCUCCGCCCCCUCCGAAACCCACUCACAGAACUAUUCAGCAGUCUUCUUCAGCCACGUACUAUUCGCAGCCCACGGCCGCAGCACACCCCUCCGUUGGUCGCAAAAAGCGGCGUGAGGCCACCGCUGAUCAAGCUGUGGCGGAUCUGCUGCAAACACCUGAUGGCCGGCCUCCCGUAUUUGGGAGCAGUAGACAGGCAGAACGUGCGCGCGUCAAGUCGAGCACUGGUCACUCAUACAUCCCCGUUCCUCACGAUCUGCUGGAAACAGCUGACGGCCGACCUCCCGUAUUUGGAAGCAGCAGACAGGCCGAACGUGUGCGCACCAAGUCAAGCGCUGUUCGGUCAUACAAUCCUGUCCCUUAUGAUCUGCUGGAAACACCUGACGGCCGGCCUCCCGUAUUUGGAAGCAGUAGACAGGCAGAACGUGUGCGCACCAAGUCGAGCGCUGUUCGGUCAUACACUCCUGUCCCUUAUGAUCUGCUGGAGACACCUGACGGCCGGCCUCCCGUAUUUGGGAGUAGUAAACAGGCAGAACGUCUGCGCGUCAAGUCCAGCGCUGGUCACUUACAAAAACCCCUCCCUCCCCUCCCUCCCAUUCCCCCCAUUCCUACCAGCCACUCCCCACGUCCAUUUAUCUUGCGCUCUGUGCACAAGUCACGUACAAACUUGAAUCAUUAUAGAGAUCGGCGCUGA